GUUUACCAAAUAUUUAUGGCUAUAUAACUAUGUAAGUAUACAUAUUGUGUAGUUAAAUUAAACUAAACUACCUAUACGACACUAUACCAACGUAACAAAAUCAAUGUAUGUAUGUAGCAUACCAUAACAGUACUAUCAAUUAUUUUAUAACGUUUUCAAUAAUUUUAAUUUAAUUUAACAAAACAAUUCUAUAAUAUUUUAAAUUUAGAAAAUUAUUAAAUAAGUUAACCUGUAUGGCUAUAACUUAUUAGAUGGACAUAGAUAAUCUUAGGAUAACCAAUAAUAUCAGAAAGAAAAAGUAAAUUUUUCUGACAUUAAUAUUUCCUUAAAAUACGAUAUGACUUUUAAUUCAACAUAAGAAACAAAUUAUGGCAAUGACAAAAUCAAUAAUUGAUACAACUGUUGCUGGUAAAGAAAAUUCAGAUGAACAGACCCUCUUAGCUAAAUUAUUCAAGUCUCUAUUCAAUGUACCACCAAUUAUUGCAAAUAAUGUUUCUGUUAUUGAUAUAAUUAAUACUACACAAGAACUAGUAAUUAAAAAAGGCAUGAUUGAUCCAGAAUCCCAAAAAUCUUUAAUCAGCUUUUAUGAAACAGCUGAUCUAGAAACUAUUAGAGAAGAAGAAGUAAUUAGAAAAAUGUUAGAAUUAAUAUAUGAAGUACGAAACAUAAGACAUCAAAAAAUUAAAUCACUUCUGCAGUCUCAAAGAAGUUCAACAUUUCUUAAAUUGUUACAAGUAACAGCAAUGAGGAUACCAGUAUGGUUUCCAAAACAGGAUGAACAACCACCACCAUUAUGUGGUGCUAUUGAGCCACUUCCUUCAUAUGUUGCAAAAAGCGGGGAUUUGGUAGCAGCGCUUGUUAAACAAUCUGGAGAAGAGCGAUGGAUUGUAGCAGAAGCAGUUGCAUUUAAAAAUGGAAAAUACGAAGUGGAAGAUAUUGAUGUGAAAGAAACUAACCGUAAUUUUACAUUAGAAAAAAUUUAUGUAAAGCCAUUACCACUAAUGAGAGCUGAUCCAGUCACUUGUCCAGAUGCAUUCUUUCCCUGCAAUCAAUUUGUCUUAGCAAUGUAUCCACAAACUACUUGUUUCUUCAAAGCUCUAGUAAAAGCUUCGCCUAAAACAAGUCAUGACGGAUAUGAAGUUUUAUUUGAAGAUGAUUUCAAUCAAUAUACUAUAAUGAUGGUUGUAUCCCAAAGAUUUGUUGUUUCAUUUCCAUCACUAGAAAUUCUUCAUAAAGAUGACGAGAUGGUAGCAGAAUAUUAAUUUUAUAUAACACUAGCUUAUAAAUUUGAUUACUAUAAGAUCUGUAUAGUGCUCUGUAUAGAUUUUUUAUUAAUAAAAUCUUUAUCAUUGUAUAAUAUUUUGAA